AUGUUUGCGGCUGUAAGACCCCAAAUCAAUAUUUACUCCGAGUCAGGAGAUAAUUGUAUCGGCACUCAUGUACUUCCAGCUGUUUUUAAAGCUCCAAUUCGUCCUGAUAUUGUGAGAGUUGUUCAUAUGAACAUCUCAAAGAGCAAUCGUCAGCCUUAUUCAGUUUCAUCAAAAGCUGGACAUCAAACAUCAGCUGAAUCCUGGGGUACCGGUCGUGCUGUUGCUCGUAUUCCUCGUGUGUCUGGGGGUGGUACUCACCGUGCUGGACAGGGUGCUUUUGGUAAUAUGUGCCGAGGUGGUCGUAUGUUCGCACCAACCAAAAUUUGGCGUAAAUGGCAUGUAAAAACUAAUUUGAAUCAAAAAAGAUUUGCUAUAGCAUCAGCUUUAGCAGCAUCAUCAAUUCCAUCACUUGUAAUGGCAAGAGGUCAUCGUGUCGAAGACAUUCAAGAAGUACCACUUGUAAUUGGUAAUGGCAUUGAAUCUUUAGCCAAAACCAAAGCAGCCGUAACACUUCUUAAAACCGUUCGUGCUUAUAGAGAUGUAGUAAAAGUCUCAAAUUCUCGUAAAUUAAGAGCUGGCAAAGGUAAAAUGCGUAAUCGUAGACAUCGUCAACGAAGAGGUCCACUUAUUGUUUUUAACGAAGAUCAUGGUGUCGUUAAAGCUUUUCGUAAUAUCCCUGGCGUUGAAUUGGUUAACGUUAGAAGAUUAAAUUUAUUACAAUUGGCACCGGGUGGUCACAUUGGUAGAUUUGUUAUUUGGUCUCAAGGGGCUUUUGCUUUAUUGGAUGAUUUCCUUCCAUCACACAUUAUUACCAAUCCAGAUGUUACCGGUCUUAUCAAUUCCAAUGAAAUUCAAUCUGUACUUCGACCUGCUGGUGAAAAACAUCAAAAACGUCCAUAUACUCAGAAGAAAAAUCCUUUACGCAAUAAUGGUAUUAAGAUUCGUCUUAACCCUUAUGCUAAGGUAUUGCAAAGGGCUGAAAUCAUUGCAGCUGAACAACGUAAAGCUGGUAAAAUCAAAAAGAAGAAGCCUCAAUACAAAGCAUCUACUAAGGUUUCGGAAAA